CUUAAAGCUACAAAACAAGCUCCUUCACUGAUAACAUUUCACAUUUUUACUCCUCUUCAUCAUCAUAGCCAAGUAGCCAACAAUGAUAUAUGCUUCUGCUUAUGCUUUUGCCACCAUUGAUGCUAAUAAGAAGCUUAGGAGCACUGAUCUGGUGGCUCUUGAGUAUGCUGAUCUUAACCUGAAAAAUUUUCUGGAUGCUAGCACCAGUACCUGAUCAGAAUCAAGUAUUAAAGGGACACAACAUUGCCACUCUUGGUAAAUAAAUGUUGGAAGUGGUGAUCCCUUUGUCCUUCCUUCCAUUUCAUCUGAUUCAUUUAAUACAUAUGUAGUUUUUGUUCCUUAAUGAGUGAAGCUGUUUUGAAGCUAUGAGAUGGUCCAACUUUCUAGCUAUUGCAUUUUAUUUUGGUUAGCAGCACAUUUCCUAUAUGGCUUGCAAAAUGAAAUCCUGAUUCAUGAAACUAUUUGGGACUGAAAAUAUAUAUGACAGGUAUGGAUCGAGCUCCUUGGACUAGUUCUAAUUCACUCAAGAAUUCUUCUGAUUGAGUUAAUGUACAUUUUCUUGAUCUUCAUUUUUCCAUUUUUCUGUUACAUUAUAUAGACAGUUUCUUUGACAUAAUCAUGCUAUUUAAUUGCCCAACAGCUGGUUCUGGUUUUGUGUGUUGAGUUCUGUGUAAAAGAGCUAGCUCUAAGCAUUUCAUUUUUGCAAAUGUUUCAGUUUCCAUUAAAUGAUUGGUAUCCACUCAUCUUGGACCCUUGAUGCUAAUUUCAAUCUAGUGCCUGCAUCCUCAUUUCAAGAAAAGGCAUCAUAAAGAAGGGUUCUGCAGAACCCUUUAUUGGAUUCAAUUAAAAUAGUUGGAUUCCUAAGGAAAGUUGAUGCAUGUUUGUCAUUAUUCGCUCAACAUACAUUAGGAACCGAGAACCUUGUUGCUCAUCCAGAUCUAAACGGGGUUAGUGAGGAAAUCGUUAAAAGGUACAAAGGAUUGCCAUUUAGCAUAAAUUUGUUAGUGAUUUCUUGCAUGGUAAAUUAAAUUGUAAAGAGUGGAAACACAAAUUAAACUUUGAGGUAUGGGAUCUAUCUGAAGACCAAGAUGGCGUUCUCCCUACUAUCAGGAUGAGAUAAAAUAAACACAUAACAAACUGCCAACGUUUACUUAUCGGCAGUUUACUUAUCGAUGGCUAGCCUUCAUUUUCUUGAAAUGUUAACUUUGUAAUUGCUUAGUUAAUUUUCCUUGUUUUUAUUUUGAUUAUCAUUUUUCUUCUUGUUGGCAUUGCCAAUAUGGUUAGUACCAUUGCUAGUUGAGGAAGAAAUGGGGACUUAUUCACUUCUAAGUGUUCAGUUUUAUUAGAGUAAUCAAACAAAUUUCUCUAUUUGGAGCAGAUUUCUUAUAUGGCUGGCUAAAAGAAGUCCCAAUUCAUGAAAAAGAAAGAAAAAGAAUGAUCUAUGUUCAAUUCAUACAAGGUUUUGUGUAUACAUUUGGCUUUUGGCUUUUUGUUUCAAAGUGCAAAACAUGUAUUCAUUCUAUUUAUUUUUCAUUUUUUCAUCCAUAUCUGGAGAUAUUGAUGACAAGCUUUUGAUCUAAUUAUAUUUAAUUGAAGCUAACGAGUUGGUUUUGAUUUUAUCUUCCUAUCCUGUGCAUUUUCCCCAGCUUUUGGGGCGCUCUGAAGAGUUUCAUUAUGUUGUUAGCUCACACCAAUCUCUCAUCAGCUGUUGGGUAGGCAGGAAGUGUACCGAUUAGUACUACUAAUGGACUGAGAAUAGAAG